CUGUUGACCAGAAUUAUAGUUCAUUAUAAUCACAGACUAUAUCUGCUGCCCCCUAACGUCCAAAGCAACGCAUUUAAAAACUCGGCAAGUCUGUUGCCAUGGACACAGCUGCGUCAUGAUGACAAAGCAACACCUGCCUCAAGAAAACUAAUCUGUAAUAAAACACGAUGUAGAUUAAUAAUCCGUGUUUUUAGUUGCUUGCUCGUUUGAGUAGUUACUAGUACUUGGCAACCAAAGAGCAACUAUAUAAACAACCUCUGACAGAAUAAUGACGAUGCCAGUCGGUGCCAAAAAGUCACUGUGGGAACAAGUUUGUGAAGAGUGUGAGAUGCUGCCCAGUGCUCCCAGCGCUGUGUGGACAGACAGCAGCUCAGUAUGGUCCCAGUAUGGUGCCAGUGCACAUUCUCCUGCCUUCUGUGGUCCCACUAAAACUGAGUUUAUGGUUGAUGGAUCACUGAGAAAGUUUGCCCUUCUGCUUUGCCAUCCUGGGCUUGCCAGCUCCACACCGUUGGAUGAGGCCUCUCUUUCAAGUCAAAUAUGUCCAGCAACAGCUGCAGCUGUGUCAUCUCCACAACUCGAUGAGGGUCCCAUCACACACUUUUUGGAGAUGAGUGUCUUUCCAGUGUUGCUACCUGGACUAGAGGCUUUGCUUAAAGAAGCCCAGAAACAGAACUGCUUCCAGAGCAAAAGAACAAAAUUUAACCCAUGUGACUUCCUAACUGAGUGGCUCUACAACCACAACCCUCGCAGGCAAGGACAAGUCCCGCUGAACUUCCACGACAUCUCAUUUGUCAAGGAUUGGCUCAGAAAGCAUCCGAGGCCUCCCAUCCCUUUAUCUCUGCUGUUGACUGAGGAUCAAGCUGCUCUGUUCAUUCAGGCUUUCUGGAGGGGAUACAAGAUCAGGGCACGCCCAGAUGUGCAGGAGUUAAGGCAGUGGCAACAAGAGCUGAGAGAGAAAAGUGACAUUCGAAAAACGGUCCAAGAGUUUUGGAACAAGCAAGAGAACCGAGUGGGUUCAGCUAAGGCAGAUCUCCAAGAAAGCCUCCAACUAGGUAACUCUGACAUAUCGAUACAAAUGGUUUCCCCCACCCCCCAGAGCACCGUGGUCCACACCCCCACCUCCCGGAUGACCCCUGACGGCGGUGACUGGCUGACUCCAGGAGAUUUCUUCAACAGUAUCACUAACAAGUUGUAGCCCAGGCUGGUGACAAACCCCAGGCAACAGCGACUCAAGCCUUAUAAGGAACCUGGUGUAGAAAUGAAAUCAUUAGACCCAUGUAAAUGUUUUUUAAUGUUUAAAAAGCGAUUAAAGUCUUUUAGGUUGAUGUCAAACUGUCCAAUGUAAUCAGUCAAA